ACUAGGUAAACCAUUAAACCCUUAACCCCGUAGUCUUUCCAACAACUUGGGUUCUCCAUAAGCAAAAAAAACAACUCCAAGAUUUCCAAAUUCAGCAAACCAAAUGGAAUCACAAAGAGAUGAGGCCGUCCCUCGACACCCAAAACAGAGCAAACCCCAAAACCCAGCUCAUGUUCCAUCCAUUUCAAGCAAAGAUUCAAUCUUUUCUAUGCCUAACCUUCCUGCAGAACUCAUCACAGAAAUCUUGUUAAAGCUUCCUGUCAAUUCCCUCUUGCGAUUUAGUUGUGUUUCAAAAUCAUGGCUUGCACUAAUCUCUAGCCCUGAAUUUGUGAAAAUCCAUCUCUUAUUAUCCGCUAGUAAUAAGGACUACACCCACCAUGGAGUUAUGUUUGAGGCAUCUAAUGAUAACUACGAUGUUAAGUACUGUUCCCUUAGCUCUUUACUUUACAAUUCUGUUACUGAGGCAUUUGACUUGGAUUAUCCUGGUAAAAAUCCCGAUCACUUUCCUCGGAUUGUGGGUUCUAUUAAUGGUUUGAUUUGUCUUGUCAUUAAUUCGUUUGACGGUUUACCUGAUUUGUUUCUAUGGAAUCCAUCAGUUAGAAAGUACAAGAAAUUGCGUAAUUAUAGACUUAGUGUAAGCCGCCGUUACCAUGAGGAUGAAUGUGUCGAUUUUAAUUUUGGUUUUGCAUAUGAUGAGUUCCAAGAUGAUUACAAGGUAGUGGGUAUAUUCUCUAUUUACAGAUAUAUACAUUUGUGUCGUAUUGAGGUUAGAAUAUAUAGUCUAAAGAGUAAUUCUUGGAGAAGUAUUGAUGAUUUUAAAGGUAGGUUGUUGUUGGAUGAUCAUUCGGGUAAGCUUGUGAAUGGGAAGCUUUAUUGGCUUGACAAGGGAUGGAACAUUCUUUCUAUUGAUUUGGCUUGUGAGAAAUGGGCAGAGGUAGAGCAGCCCUGCUCUUUUAAAAAAUGUGGUUUUUUGAGUCUAGGAGUGUUCAGGAGUGAUCUUUCUGCGUUUUGUAAUGAAGCUUGGACUCAGGUAGAUAUAUGGGUUAUGAAGGAGUAUGGGGUAAAAGAAUCUUGGGCAAAAAUAUUUACCAUCAAGUCUCCUGUUGAUUCAACGGGAAAUAGAUUUGAUCCACCAAUUUUAAUGUCAAAUGAAGGUGAAAUUUUGAUUCAGUUUGGAUCACGUUUCACGAAGUACAAUUCAAAGGAUGAGUCGAUCAAAUAUCUGGAUGUUACCAACUUUGCUCCAUUUCUUGAAGCACACAUCUACGUUAAGAGCCUAGUUUGUCCCUUCAUACGGAAGGGACCUCGAACGCAACAACAGUGGAGCUGAAAUAACUCAGAUGAAGACAAUCAUGUGACUAAUAACAUGUAAGAGGUGAAGGAUGCACCUCACUGAAUGAUCAUCUUGGUUAAUGAAUGGAUGAGAUUCCAAUGUUUGACACAUGCUGUGGGCUGGCGUAGUUCGACUUACUCUCUGCUGAUGGAUCACCUAAUUGAAUAGCAUUUGCAGCUUCGAGAUCUUAUCUAGCAAAAGUUCCAACGAGAAUGCUGGAGAAGGGAUUUUAAUCCAGCUCUUGUACCUUCUAUUGAGUACCAAAAACCUAACAACUUUCUAUUUAGAACUCUAUAUAGAGAUGUUGAGUAGUAGAUAUGCUUGUGAUGCAAUGCUCUGUGACACUGUGACCACUUUAUAAGGCAUAUAAGCUUAUUUUCGUCCUUGAUUGAAGUCAAAGUAUUUAACCGUAGUAAUUCCCGAUUCAGGUAUUGAUAUUUCUUGUGUAGUAACAUGCAUGAAUUAUUAUUCAUGUAUAACUAAACUGUGACCACUUUAUAAGGCAAUUCAUGAAUUUUUAUUCA